UGUUCCUGUCACGGAAAGCCUCUGCCGGGAAGACGAGAGUUUGAAAAAUUUGUGAAGAGCUGCAAUCAGUGAACGACUGUGCCUUCAGACAGCAAGAGUAUGCGUCCUUGGUCUCCUCUGUUAUUCGUCGCUGCUUUCGCUACAGAGGACCGGAGCUCAGACAAGCAGACUCAACAUGCACAAAGUGAAACGCUACCAGAAGUCUCCUGUCGCGAUUUCAUUGAUGGGACGGCUGCUUUUGUCAUGCAUUUGGAUGACGAUGGUCUUCGCUCAUCUUCAGAUAGCAUCCGCUGCAGGACUACUGAAUCGAGGGAACGAAUUUCACCAGAGGAAGCACGCCAAGUUCCCCGACGACGUUUCUAAAAGCUCUGCUUUGAAAGAGGGCGCCCCUUGGCUGACUGGCGGGGAGGAGGACCUCGUCAGAGCCAGGAGAAUCUAUGACUCCAUCUGCCUGAUGGCUAAGAAGAGGGACAUCGUCGCUGUUUCGCCAAACUCUCAGACUAAUGUGACUCUCAACACAGGCUAUUUAAUUCAGAGCCAUGACAUGUUCGGGAGCGAGCCAUAUCCGAACGGAUUUUACCGAUUUUUUUACUUCUACCCGGACACUUCAGUGAGAUACCUGAAGAUCAACUGCCAUUUUUUCAAGACCCAGUGGGACGGCCUCUGUCGGAAGGACAAGUUUACCAUCUUCACGUUUCCCUUCAUCAAGGGAACUAGGCGGUGUGGAGAAAUUCACAGCUUCCAGAAGAUCUACAAAGGCACCGUUAAAAUCACCUGGAAAACUGACGAUGAAGUCAGGAAGGCUGGAUUCCUGUGUGAGAUUAAUGGAAUACAAUGAGUAAGAGAAUUUUCUCAAUUCAA